AAAACCUAACUAUAUAGCGUCCGAAACUUGACGAUACGGAUGAAAUUAGCCAGCCGACUUAGAUUUACAGAACCCUAGAUCUGAAGUUUACCCAGCCGAUGUGAUUCGAAGAGGAAUGGAUGAAGAGGGUUUGAGAGAGAGGGGGUCUCCAGUUGUUGUCUAUCUCCACGGGCUAGAUGAAGAGUUUGAUUGGUGGUAUUGCAUCGACGUGCCGGUGACAAAGGAUCCGUUGUUGACAAAGGAUGAUGAUAAUUCAGGCCAACCGAUAAUCCUCCCUAUGAAAAAGAUUUCUCCGGUUGCGAAGCUCAAUCCGGUUAUUUAUGGAAGUGAGGAAAUUGGGCCGUUAUUGGUGACGACAUCUACUAUGCUGGUGGAUCCUUGCCUGAUGGUCUUUCUGGGUCUAUUCCUAAUGAAAAAUUGGUUAAGCAUAGCAUGACACAAUCUGAUCCUGCCUUUUGGCAGAUCGAAUCUUCCCUGAAUUGUCCCCGUAUGUCGCCCGUCGUCGAAGCUGUUGGUAGGGGAAAACUAUGUGUUAUGGGCGGAAAUCACUGCACAUGUCAUGAUCGUCCCAAAUGUGGUGAAAUUUAUGAUAUCAAGGACAAAACUUGGAAGUACCUUGAUGAUGAUUUUGAUGCUUUUGCUCCCUAUGAUCCUUUCUCUGAAGUUGCUAUUUCUGUGGAAAAAGAUGAGCCUACGCAAAUUGUGUUUUAUUCCUUGUUAAAGGGUUGUAUCAUGUUUUUCGAUCCAACUAAGGGUACUAUAUCCAAGUUAAUCGAAGACCAGAAGGACUUUGCUUUGCGGAGUCAUUCUUGGGAUCCUUCUCCAGAAGGUCUUGGUGAUAAGGCUAAAAUUCGUCCACUAGUGCGUGCGUCCAAUAAUCUAAAUGCAGUGUUCACUAACGAUACAUUCUAUUGGUUCACCUUUGACAUGUACAUGUAUGCAUAUCAUGUUAGUGCUAAAAGAUGGUUUCAAUCGCCAUGUCUUAUAGAUCAAUUUCCCUCACUGUCUUCUCACGAUCACCCUCCACCAUCCCCCAUUUUGGUUGGCCUCCCGCAAGAUGGGAAAUUCGUGGUGUUUCUUCCUGAAGAGCCUGAGCCUGGAUUAAUGAUGAUGGCCUGCCUCAAAGUGGAGAGAAACCUACAAUCCUUACAAGUGUUGGUGGAGUUAAUUCAACCUUUAUCCUUGGAGGAGACAGAUUUUUUGCCCUUUGAGGGGAAGGCAAUGUUGAAGAAUACUGGGUCAACUAGCAUGCACGGAUGAGCAGGGGCAAAUCUACAUGCUAAUUUUGGGUGCUCAAGCACCCAUUAUCUUUGACAAGAUUUAGUAAAUUUGUAUAGUGAGCACCCACGACUUUAAAAUCCUGGAUCCGCCACUGCGGAUGAGUUUGAUCUGCAACAGAGAUCUAAUGGUGAGUGGUUGUUGGAUUUUCAUAUUUUUGUCUCUUUCUAUUUGGAAAAUUAUAGGAUAUAUAGAUGAAACAGGAAAUUUUGAAGUGCAUCCAUCUUUUUAAUCUCCGUAUACCGCCCUUAAAAAUGUUGUAAUUUUUGUUAUCCUACCAUUUUCUUAUAAACCAGCAGUCAGUUUAAUGCCUGGCUUUUCUUUUGUUGGUUGGUUUGGGAAUUUUUCUAGUUGUCAAGACAUUUGAAAUUGCUGUUACUCAAAAGUUCUGAAAUUUCAGUACUUCGACUUGGCAACUCUCCAAAUUUCGAAUGUCUUAAACUUCUAGUUUUAGUUGUUUGAUAACUAUCAUUAUGAAUCUUUUGGUGAAGGCGAAGAUCUUUGUAAUGCUGUAAUGGAUUUGUAGUAUGAUCCCUUUAAGGCAAGAAAUUUGCAUUUCUAUGAUCAGCAAAAGUUACCAGUUUGCUGUGGUUGCUGUAAAUAUUUUAUCUUUUUGAUGCAGAUGCUCUUGUGGAGAUAUUUUCUCUAAAACCUUUUUUCGAAUUGCAGGCAUCUCGUUCGAAGGGUUGUGUCGGUCUUGUUUGGUUCUCUAAGUUAAUUGAUUCAAUUAGUUUUAUUAGUAUAUUAAACUUUGUGCUUUAGCUUGUACAUAAAUAUGCUGCAUUGUGAUGGACAUAAAAACGUAUAAGAUUGUGUUUUGUAUAGGCUUUAUCUUUGCCUUCUAGAGCGAAGGUAACUUGUACAUUUUAAUGUUGCUCCUUUUCAUCCCUUCCCCCCCUCGUGAUGUGUUGGCAUGAAGGGAAACAAAUGAUUUCCUCAGAUAUUUUGUGCUUGGUAAGUGAAUUGACAAUAUUUAUCAA